AUGAAACCAUCUAAACUGCAAGACAAUCUGAGAAGAUGCCACCCUGAUAAAACAGAGAAAGAUUUGAAAUACUUUCAAACACUCAAAGAUAAAUUUCAGAAGAGACAUACACUGGACAGAAUGUUCGCUUCGACGUCGCAAAGAAAUGAUGAUGGUUUGCGGGCGUCUUACAAUAUCUCGUUACUUAUAGCAAAAUCCGGAAAACCGCAUAUCAUCGGAGAGAAGUUAACUUUGACAGCCGUUGAAGAGGUUUUAAAAACUGUUUUGCACAAACCUGCAUCUAAUAUCAUUAAAAGAAUUCCCUUAAGCAACAAUACUGUUGAAAGACGUAUUGUUGAAAUGAGUUCUGAUAUUGAAAGCUUCUUAUGUAAUUAUUUGCAAACGACCCAUUUCUCUAUACAACUGGACGAGUCAACUUUACCUGAUAAUGCAGCAUUAUUAUUGGCAUAUGUUCGUUUUAUUAUGAAUCAAGAAAUCUACGAAGAACUGCUCUUCGCAAGAACUUUGAUAAUCGACACUAAAGUAGCUACAGAUGGAGCACCUGGCAUGGUUGGACGUUAUCGUGGAUUUAUAAGCUAUUUAAAACAAAAUCUGUCAGGGGUGUUAGCAAUACAUUGCGUCAUCCAUCGACAACAUUUAGUUGCUAAAAAUUUGAGUGUUAGAUUGCAUGGAUUACUUCAUUUAGUCAUUGAUGCAGUAAACCGAAUCCGAAGCAACGCGUUGAAUUUGCGCAGUUGUGUGAAGAAAAUGACGAACACUUUCAUCAAUUACUCCUUCACACUGAAGUACGCUGGCUGUCGAAAGGCUUAUACUAUUUUAGAAUUUCUGGAUACUAAAGAUGAAAUUUUAAAAGAAAAUUUAAUGAAGAGGAAAACAGACAUCGCCUAUUUAACAGAUUUGUUUACAAAAUUUAAUAUGGUUAAUUUGCAAUUACAAGGCGACAGUUUAAAUUUGAUGAAAACAAAGUCCAUCUUAUCAGCGUUUCUUGCCAGAGUUAAACUAAUGAAGCAAAAUAUUGGAAUUUUCUCAGUUCCCCAAUUUGUCACAGACAAGCUGCCAGGAAGACGACGUUUCAACUUACGUUCAACAUUUAAAUGCCCUCUAUUCAGAUUUUGA